AAAUAAUUGAGGUUGUUGAAAGUUUUUAUUAUUAAGUGGCAGAAAUAAUAUUUCAUAUAUCUUUAGUUGAUACAAAAGUGUACAAUGAAAGGAAUUCAAGUUUUACGGUUAUUACUUUUACUGGGAAUACUACUUUUCACUACAACGACUCAAGCAGAAAGUGAAGAAAAUCUUAAUGACUUUAAAAAUAAUAAGGCAAAGAAUGAUCAGCAUUCUACCAGUGAAAAAAUAUCCACAUCGUUAAUUGUUAAAGAUAAUAUCACAAACAAUCAAACUUUUGUUUCUAAAGUUGAAGUAUCUGUUUCUUCAUCAUCAUCAUCAUCAUCAUCAUCAUCAUCACCAUUUUAUAAAGGCAAUAAUAACACCAAUAUGAAUGGGAUGAAAAAACACACAGUAGAUUUGGAAACUGAUAAAGACUUAGAAAAUGAAAAGGAUACAAAUGAGAGCGAUGAAUCGCCUGAGGCUCUUCCAGAGGCAAUGGCAUUAAGGGGUUUGAGGCCAACAAGUCGUAGACGUCCGUUAUAUCGUCCUCCACCACUAAGAAAAAUUCCACUAAAUAACAAUCGAAGAAAUGUUUAUCCAGUUGAAGUUCCUUUACGAUCCAAAAGACCAAUACGAAAGCCUAUUGAUAAUAAACGUGAACCAACGGAACAAGAAUGUACUUUCUUCGGUAAAACAGUAUGUUUAAAAACUCUUAAUUAUCCUCAAGAAGCUAUUCUUAGAAGUAUUAGAGGUAAUAGAGAUAUGAUGGUUCAUCUUCUUAAAGAUUAUAAUAACCAAAAGGAUGAUAAAAAUGAUAACAUUGAAGCCGAUGUUUUUCCUUUAGAAAAUCGAUAUGACAAUCGAUACGAUAAUAAUGAAAUUAAAAGAAAAUCUGAUUAUACAUUGUCGUACGACAACACAGAAGAAGGUUUCACUUGUCCAUCACAAGUAAUGUAUGCUCGUCCUCAAUUGGCCAGAGCGGCUUCCGGCAUUUGGAAGUAUAUCAUCAAUACUGGAGAACAUACCCAAACAUUGAGACUUGAGAAAUGCUCGAAAGCAAAGGCAAGCUGCUCUUUCAUAUCAGAUAAUUAUCGAUCAUCCUGCGUUCAAGUAUAUAAUUAUCAUCGGCUACUAACAUGGGAUAAAGAUAUUGGCCUUCAUAUAGAUAUUUUCAAAAUUCCAUCUUGUUGUAGCUGUCAUGUUCAUGGAUAUGCUGAACUUUUUCCCCCUAUUCAAAAGGAUCCUCCAUCAUUGAGUGAAGAAUCUUUUCCUGGGUAUGAUUUUACUUCAAAUAAAGAUGAACGACCGUCAAGUUAUUUGACAAAACAUAAGCAUUCUUUUAAUUAUGAUAAUAAUCAGGGUAAUUCUAAACCAAUUAUUGAUGCUAGCAGCUCAAAUCAUCCAAGUUUUUUACUACCUUCCCGACCUAGACAAAAGAAACCUCAAGUAUCGACAGCAAUUCCUCGGCCAUUCGAUAAAAUACCGCAUCAGCAUGCACCUAAUACACGUGCACCAGGAUAUAAAGGACCAAUAGUUAAAGGUGUUAAAAGACCACAUAGACCGAAUCGGCCAUUUAGAAGAGAUUCUAAUCAGGAGGAUAAUGAUGAAAUUAAAAAUUCUCAUUUUAAUAAAUGGUUUGAUCAAUCUGAUGAUUUAGAAAUUGAUACUUCGACGCAAGUUCACCACGAAAAUUAUGACGAUGAAGAUUAUCCAGAGGGAAAUAAUAGACGAAUUAAUUAUAAUUAUCAUCCUAUAAUUGAAUUUUUUGAACCAAAGGCAUCCAUGUUACAAGCUGAACCUCUCACAGCAAAAUCAUCAUUUGUUGACUCAAAUGAGAAUCUAAAUUCAUGGAAACCCAUGAUUAAAACAUAAAAUACUUUCUUUAUUUUUAUU